ACUCUAAAUGUUCUGUUUUAUGGAUCACGACCUAAUAUAACUCAAAAACAAUUGUAAAUCCGCGGAAUAUGUUUGCAUUAGAUCCUCAUGUGAUUUAGGUGGUAGGUCGACCAAUCCCUACCCUCGAAGCUUAUAAUGUUGAGCGCCCUAAAACGCUGGACAAGAAUGGGGGCAGAGGAAUCAAAAUUAAGCAUGCCUUCUGGCGUAAAAGCUAUGGGUCAAGCAUUACAAAGGAAAUUCGCUCGAGGAGUGCAGUACAAUCUAAAAAUUGUAAUCAAAGGAGACAGAAACACUGGGAAGACAUGYAUGUUUCAUAGACUGCAAGGAAAACCUUUUAAUGAUCARUACAUCCCAACUAAUGAAAUACAGGCAGGCAGCAUUCAUUGGAGCUACAAAGCUACUGAUGACGUAGUAAAGGUCGAUGUCUGGGAUGUUGUAGAUAUAGGCAAGAGCAAGAAAAACAGUGAAACUCUCAAAAUAGAAAAUGAUGGACCAAGUUCAAAUGAUGCAGAAGAUAGUGUUGUAGCUGACGCCAACUUUGUUGAUGUUUAUAAAGGAACUCAUGGUGUAAUAAUGUUGUUUGACAUCACAAAACCAUGGACACUGCAGUAUAUAAAGAAAGAACUCCCCAAAGUCCCCUCUCAUAUUCCUGUCCUUGUCCUGGGUAACCAUAGAGACAUGGAGGAGCACAGACUCAUUGUUCCUGACGAUGUGACUAGCUUUAUACAAACUUUAGAAAGGCCUGAUCGUUCUCCUCCUAUACAUUAUGCUGAAUCCUCCAUGAAGAAUGGUUUUGGUCUUAAAUAUAUUCAUACAUUCUUAAACUUCCCUUUCUURUUACUUCAGAGAGAGGAACUACUUAAACAGCUUCAAGUCAAUGCAAUGGACAUGGAGUCAACUUUAGAAGAACUACAGAUUUACAAGCACACAGAAGAGCAAGACUACGAUAAAUACCUUGAUUUUCUCAACAAGAAAAAACAAGAACGAGAUGCUAAAUUGGAAGCAGAAGCAGCUGCAAAGGCAGCAGCAGAAGCGGCCAAGACUGCAGGAGAAACAUCUUCAGCAGGCAGUGGAUCACCUCCUACGACAGCUAAUGAAAGAGACACCCACCCACCUGAAGCUGCRGCAAAUAAAGAGUCCAGUGUUUCAUCAGUUAGAAGAUGGUUUUCUGGGUCAAAGCCAAACGUAUCUAACGUGGAAGAAGCUAAAACCAAUCCCAAGUCCCUACCAAAUUCACCUCCUCCAUCAAACAUCGAAGAAUUCCGACCAGAAGAAGAAUUAGAUUCAGGGUUUCUCAAUGAAGAAACUACGGGAAGUCGAAAGUCUAAACCAACAAAGAGCAAAUCUGCAUCAGUCAGUCAAARGGAGCCAAGUGAAUCAAGUGAUGAAAGUGACAGUGACUCUGACUCRAAGAAUCCAAUGGUAGCCGGUUUYGCAGAAGACAUAUCCGACGAUGAYGARCCUCAACAAACUGUWGUCAAUGGCAACCUAGAAUCAGAGCAYUCUGAYGAAGCACCAAUCAAACCAAGACCCCAAGUAGAUGACAUUCACAUCACAUCCAGUGAAGAAGAACCAGARGAGGAAGAACCCAAAAUGCAAAUACUACAACCAAUUCCUCUGUCCACUCCUAACAGUAAGCCAAGUAGAGGACUUAAAUUAGAUGUGAAGGGCAGUAAGAAAGCUAAACAGGAACAAAAGAAUAUUGAAAAUAAUACUACAAGUGGAAAUGACUUUGAUGACUGGCUGAAUUCACCYGAGUUAGAACCAAAGAGCAUAUCGUUAAGCAAGAAAAGYGAAGAAGAUUUUAUCGUGAGAAAAGUUGACGUGAAUAGCCCUAUUGAUAUCUCACCUCCUCCAUCUUCUCUUCAAAUGGACGAGUGGUCUUUAUUCAUGCAACAACAGACUUCUAGUGCUUCUAAAAAGAAACCAAAGAAAACAGAUCUACUAGAAGACAGUGAUGAUGAAGAAACAGCAAAAGAAAGCAAACAUCACAAGAGGUCCAGUGAAAAAUCACACAGCAAAAAGCACAAGAAAYACAAGGACAAAACUGAUGAAGGAGAAGGCGAUAAAGAAAGGCGGAAACACAGACACAAACAUAAAGACAGUGAAAAGGAGAGGAAAACUAAAGAUGAAGAAGGCGAGAAAAAGAARAAGAGCAAGCACAAACACAGUAAAAAAAGAGGUACAGAAGAAACACAAGGUGGCACAAAUUAUGAAGAAAUUUAGAUUAAGAUCUUUAAGACAUCAAAUGGUGCAAGGAUGAUGAUCAAAUGAGGGAUUCAUAAAUUCAGUCUGGAUCAGGAAYUGAGAUCUAGCUCCAGAUUUGAUUGACAUUGCUAUGGAUACAGAUGUUGAUUAACAAGGGAAUGACAAUAUCCUAAGACCAUUGUUAUUAGUCGGUAUUAUAUUGAGGAACGGUGAUGAUUUAAACUCAAGUGUGAUACAGAUGAUGUGUACUGUGGUACACUUAUUGACAGUUGCUAUGGUUACUKUACCUUAAAGUUUACAAAAGAGAUUUUACCAUGUUCAUGGACAAAAGUGGACAAUGUUAUUGAUGGACAGCAAUAGAAAUUGCUAUGUUAUGGUUGUCUUACAACGUUGGAACUCAUCUUUAUUUACUCAGRGGGUCUGGUAAAAUUACUUSAAUUAAUUUAUUGAUUUUAAAUCAACCAAUUAUGCWCAMGAUUUCCAGGUGAAUUAUUGGGAGAAAUAUGAACAUUUACAUGUUAGAACCGAGAGCUGUCAGUCACAGUGUUGAAUAACCUUGAGUCAGGUUUAUUAUGUGAUAUAUCUAGUUGGGAGUAAAAAAAUAGCCUCCACCAAUGGUGGCACUUCAUUUUGCCCUUUUGGGAUUCCUGUGGUAUCCUCUUGAUGUCAUGGAGGCCAGUUGCAGUCUCUCUUGGACAUGGGGUGACCUACGUACAGUAGCACGCAGUUGAUGUAAUGUAUUCAUGAAAUGUAUUGUAUUCCAUUGUUCCUCGUUCUAUUGUAUUAUGUGUUUUGUAUUAUAUCUUUAUGAAUAUAUUGCAUCAACUGAGUGCUACGUAGGCUCUCCCUAUUGGUCAUACUGAGGAAGACACGAACCCCAAGAGUAUAGAGAAGAGUGGAAAACAAGAGAGAUGCCUUUGGAGGAAGACAGUUAAACUGAUCUGAUAAACUAAGUGUUAAUUUACAUGUAGGGAGGGUUACAAUAGUCUAGAGGGAUUAGAUAGUCAUUUUUAUAUAUUUUUAAGAACCAUUAUAAUGAAUUAAUAUAUCAAUUCCAACCUGUCAUUUUGGUAUUCUCUCUUCUAUAUCAAGUGAAAUUUGGACUUCAAAUGAUCUUAAUGACCUAGAAACACUAUGAAAGACWCCCAGAAUUCAAAAGCAAACACUCUUGAAAUAAUGUGAUUAUGUUUAAGUUGUUCAGAAUUGAGACUUCAGUGAGAUUUUUGAAAUAAAACCAUUUUCUAGCA